AUGAGGUUCGCCGUCCAAGUUUCCAGCCCGCUCGUCGCCAUCGGGGCUUCGCAGUUUGCGUUGAGCCUGUUACAGGUGGUCUUCAUGUUCUUCUACGUGAAGGUCUACCUGAACGUGUUCCACGUCUCCCAGUGGUGGUUCAACGUCGCCCAGGCGCUGUUCAUGGUCUGGAAUGCCGUGAAUGACCCAUUAUUCGGGUAUCUACAAGACAGCAACACGGGGUGGAUGCGCUCCCGGACGGCCGUUUUGACGCGGUUUUCCCCGUUUUUAUGUGGAUCAUUCGUUCUUUUAUGGUUUCCUUGGGAUAUCAGCGGCUCGUGGCUUGAAGGGCUUCAUCUCAUCUGCGCCCUUUUUCUCUACGAUGCGUUCUUUAGCGCGAUGGGCGUCUCGUGGGCAGCGCUGUUCGCCGACAGCACAAAAGACGCAAGAUCCCGGGCUGCAGCCAUGAAAUAUUCACAGAUGGCGAUUCUCGGGUCGGUGAAUGGGAUCGCGAUCAUGGAGAAGGCCAGCCACAGCUUGGAGAACUUUUCCGCCUUUCAAACGGGCGCGAUUCUGAUGGCGCUGCUCGCACUGUUCUGCCUACUCAGCGCCGGAAGUUAUCGGCCGACGCUGCCGAUUUCUAGAGAAAAAGAUGACGAGGAACGGCUUCUAAAUGGAGAUGACGUCGCAAGUUCCGAGCACGAAACCGGCACGUGGAGUCACGCCUUCGAGUUGACACGCCAAACUGUUCGCCAGCACGACUUCCUCUUCAUCAUCGCCACCAAUUUUAUACAUAUUAUGAGAAGUGUCGCCCACCUGAACUUUGCCUCGAUCACGACGGAAAUCCUCGUCCCUCAAGACAUCUUGCCGCGCGGCAGCCUGAAGCUCAGCAUUUUCUACGGCUUUUGCACUCUUGGACCGCAGCUGAUCAUCAUCGCGCUCGAAAAGGUGGUCGUCAGGGUCGGCGCGGGGAGGCUGCUGCUUUUUAGCUAUCUCGUCUCCGCCAUCGCUGCCAUCUGUUUCUCAUUCUUCUCCGGCUGGCCCUACAUUGUCAUGCUUUUUAUGCUCAUUGAUGCAAUCACCGUCCACUCGGCCGCCCCGUUGUUCAACAUCAUCAUCUCGGACUACAUUGACGAGGACACGAAGCGGUAUUCUAGGCGCUCGCCGAUCUCGUCGUUCGUCUUCUCGCUGAACGCCCUCUUCACCAAGCCCGCCCAAUCCGUCGCUCCGGUGCUGAUCGUGCAGCUGCUCAACGCGUACGGAUAUCAGGCCUACCUCGUCGACAAACUUUCAACUGAAGCCCUCCGCGCCGCCGUUCAAUACGUUCUCUACGGCACGCCACUCGUCCUCGGUGCCCUCCAAUAUUGUGUCUUCUCCCGUUACUCUCUUUUGCACAAACCUUCCAAAGAACUUGUGAUA